CAGCCUGCCACAUCGACUCGAUUCUCUCCAGCCUCCACAUACAUACGCGCGCGCGCCCGCCCUCAUGGCGGCGGUAGUACGCGCCGGUCAGAGACAGAGCGCAACGGCCAUGGACCUUGGAGCCGGCGGCCUCCUAAGAUGAGAGGGACGGCCCCCGCACGGUGGUUUCGGUGCCUAUGGACUCCGUCUUCGCGCUCGCGGCCGUGCCCCGGGCGCUCGUCCUGGAGCGCGCGGCGGCGCGCGUCCCCGGCUGCCUCUACCUCUGCCUCUGGGCGCCGGUGACCGCCCAGCUCCCGUCCAGCCAUUUGUUCUGCUUGGACGCGUGGAUCGGCGGCGGCGGUGCUCGCGCACGGGCGAGCUUCGAGGCGUACCGGGGAGCGCUCUGCGCCGUCGUAAGCGGGUGCGUGCCGGGGUGGGCGUACAGGGAGGGCCGCGCGUACGUGGAGCUGCCGGAGCCGGACCUGACGGCGUCGGCGUCGCUGCAGGUGCAGCAGCAGUUCUACCAUGAAGCCGGCACGAAGAUGGCGGUGUUCAUGGGCUGCGAGAGCGGCGAGAUCGAGAUCGGGCUGUCGACUACAUCGGUGGCAGCGGCGGCGGUGGCGGACCACGUGCACCAGUCCUUCCUGGAGGACCUCCUCCAGCUGCCGCCGACAGGGCUGUCGUCCUCGUCCUCCCCCGUGCCGUCACUCUCCAUCGGGAGCCCGGAGUACUCCUCUCUCAUUCGCGCAAUGGCGACGCCGGUAGCAGCGGCGGGCGAGCCAUCCACGCGGCCACCGAUGAUGCAGGCGUCGCCGCUGGCCGGCUUGCUCGCGCCGAUGGCCGAAGCCGACGAUUAUGCCUUAAUGGCGCAGGCAAUGCUCGCGGUCACCCCCUCCUCCGGUCCGUCGAGCACCUCCACGCUGCCGCCUCCGCCGUGUCCGCCCUGGCUGGCCAGCCACCGCUCGUCGCCGCGGCGGACGACGGCGUUCAAGCCGUAUCGCGCGGCGCUCUCGCCAAGGGCGCGGCCGCGGCCAGGCGCGCCGGGGCAGAGGAUGAUGAAGGCGUGCAUCUCCCUCCUGGCGAGCGUGCACACGGCAACGCGCAACCGGACGGAGCUCGCCACGGCGCGCCACGAGGGCAGCAGCGCGCCGUCCACCACCAGCCAGCUGCACCACGUGAUCUCGGAGCGGCGCCGGCGCGAGCGGCUCAACGACAGCUUCCAGACACUCAGAGCUCUGCUCCCUCCCGGUUCCAAGAAAGACAAGGCCAACGUCCUCGCGAGCACGACGGAGUACAUGGCGAGGCUGGUAUCCCAGGUGUCCCAGCUCAGAGAGAAGAACCUGCAGCUCGAAGCGCGGCUCGGCCUGAACCAGAGCCCAGGCUUUGACCCCUCGGGGAAAACGGUGGAGGUGGAGGUGACCACCGGGGCGUCGACGUCGACGUCGGCGACGCCAGGUCAGCAGUCGCGGGAGGUGAGCGUGCGGGUGACGGUGCGGGCGGAGUGCGACAUGUCGGACUUGCUGACCCCGCUGCUCGCGCGGCUCAAGGACGCCGGGUGUUUCGCCGUGCUGUCCGUGGAGGCGAGACAACAGAGCAGCGCGCUUGCACGGGCCAGCCUCACAUUGCGGAUCGCGGAGGCUGGCGACGACGCCGUCGACGCGACACGGCUCGAGGAAGCUCUGGCGAAGGUCGUCGAGGACGCGGUGACGAAGACGCCGCCGCCGGUGCCACCCCCAAGGUCGCCGUAGGCAGGAUGUUGGUAUUGAGUAUUGUCCGUGUCAGGGAGCCCGAGAAGGAGGCAGGAAAAUGACUGUGUUUGGUCGCAAUGGCGGCCUCUCUUUUUUUUUCUUUCUCUCGUCUUUUACCCAUGUAGCAUUGUUGUUGAGUUUUGGUAGUGUCGGGUCAAGAUUGAAGGCCUCCUAUUUUAGUGUAACGUAGUCCUCGGCUUGCUGAUAGCUAGUACAGUAGUUACUUGUCGUCUAUGCAAGGCCUGAUGUUGCAGUUUUGACAUGAGAUGAAUCGGUUUUCCGAAUUUUCCUUUUUGCUGGCACCAGAGUUGGUCAACUUCCUGCACAGUAUAUGAGUCGGCUCUAGGCACUGACGAAUUUUGUUUGAAAGGAGUAGCCUGGCAUCAAAUUCGAGCACUGGAUGAUGAAGCUCGGUGGUUCAGUGCCAACUACCAAGAUGGUCACCCCUAAAAAAACUACCAAGAUGGUUUCCUGGCAGCUUCAACUAUCUGUUUCUUUCCGCCGAGAGCUGUCAUGAUUCUAAAAGGGAAGGAACCAGAGUUCCAAGUAGCAGGAAUUACAAAACAGAUACCAUCCAACAAACCGAUGAUGAAAGCCCCAAAAAAUGGUCUUGUCAGGAAAGCCGGCAUGACAAAAAAACAUCAUACUAUAUCUCUUCUUGAUAACCUUCAAGAUCUAUACAGUGCAGAUUCUUCAAGCAGUAUUUAUUGGCUUCCC